ACUUGACUGGUUCUUGACUGGUUUCCCACGUCUCUCCUGUGAUUGAAGCCUCCCUGUUCCGCUACCGCGACACGCAAGUGCAACUGCCAUCUGCCAGUCUGCCAGUCUUGCUGGUUCUUGCAAGUCUUGGGAGCUGAAGUCCCAACAAGGCUUUCUAGUUUCUGAUCCAUAACGCUGCCAGACAGCUAAAAUCCCCAAAAAUACAACAUUACUACAUACACUUGCAGUGCUACCAUACUACCAUACUACAAUACUACAAUACCACGCUACUACUACGCAGACAAUACAAUACUCGUCAGACACACAUUCGUUCCACCUGCUUUGUCAGGUCCAUUUUCUCUUCUUCAAUACUCGGAUCUCGUCUCACGGCAUCUGCAUAAUGCGAAUAGUCGCUUAUUCUCUGUGGCACCCAUCUUUUAGUUAACCCUCCGUCUUUUUCUGCCUUCUUGCGCCUAUCUCGUUUUUCCCUUUCUCGCCCAUCUCCUAUCUAGGCUAUCCGGGCUAUGUAGGUACACCAUUCCUUCUCUCUAAUACGAUAGCUCUCAGCUUGCUUAUGUUUGAUAUCGGCCGGCCUCGCCUACCCUCCAUUACGUGUUAGCUGGGCUUGAUAUAUUCCAUCACCGUCCUUUCUUAUUGUGCUUAUGCCCCUUACUUCAUCACCUGCUUUCGAAGCUCUGCUAACGCCUAACCUUCUCUUUAAGUCGCGUAAUCAUGGUUUCGGAUGAAACUUUCGAAAUAUGUCUCCCUGUCCUGCAGGAUCCGGACCUCGACGACGACGACAAAACGGAUAAACUCGAGGAGCUGCUGAAGAAAGAGACGACCUUAAGCGGAUCGAGCUUAGAGAAUGCGGUACUCGACGUGCUAUGGCGAUUUCGCGAAGGAGGGGGUAGUGCGACCUCACCUCCCCCCAUACGCCAAACAAUUCUUCGUCGACCAUCUCCAGCCUCGUGGCGGGGUUCCUCGACCCCUUUGUCAGGUUCUCCUCGGCUGGGAGUAAGCCCCUUAGCUCCCCCGGGCUUUGUUCCAACCAACCUAAGCCGUACGAAAUCCUCCACUGUGUCUCCCUUUUCGUCUCCGCGCCCGUCGCCCCGGCUCGCGUUCGCUGCUCCAGUAAUACCACAUAGUCCAAACUUGAAUGCAUACGAAUUUGCCAACGAUACGAGUCCCUCUCAGGAGAUCUUCGGUGAUCUACAAGCUGAAAACGUUGAUUGGUUAGUGAGUGACGAUGCACUUAGCAUUGCUUCAUCCGUGGGUACAUCUAGUGGCCUCAACGCCGCUGCCCCUGAAUAUGUAUCUGCUCAGCAGACGGACAUGACCCCGUAUGACAUGCUUCGCUCAAUCCUCGGCCAAUCUAAGACCGACGAAGAGAUUGAGUUGGCUCUCUCUAUGCAUGGCUACGAUCUUAGUGCUACCAUUGCGUCUAUAAUGGAAACCCAGAAUCAAGAUUCAACAAAUGCUUCCGGACUUACCCCCGAAUCUAAAAGUGUCCUCAUCGGAAAGUCCAUGACACCGGAAGGAAGACCUACAACACCAUCAACGCAACAGAAGGCUGGGAUUAUUUGCAAGUUUUAUCUGUCUACUGGACAAUGCCUUCGUGCGGACUGUCGAUUCAGCCACGAUCUCAGCAAUCAUAUCUGCAAGUACUGGGUGAUGGGUAAUUGCCUGGCUGGAGACACGUGCAUUUUCUCUCACGAUCCAGCUCACCUCGUGAACCGCCUUAACGUAGAUGGCACCAAUACGCCACCACAGAAAAGCCAAAACCUGCAGGUUCAGGAUUUCAGCUCCUUCCCAUCACUUCGACCGAGCACGCCGGAAUUGAAUCCUUAUGCGGCGAGUUUCAAUUAUCCGACCUCCGGAGUAACUCCUCCGCCCGGACUUAAGCCACACGGUUACGCAGGCAGCGAUGGAUCCCGUCCGCGUUCGCGGCCUGGAAGCCGGCACCAAACGAAGGAAGGCAUGAGUGCCCCGUCAAUAGACGACAACGAUGCUUUUCCUUCUCUUGGGUCCGCUUCUGCUAAGCCCAAUAAGAAGCACCAUGGCAAGCGUGGUGGACAUGGUCAUGGGCACAAGGAGAACUUCGCUCCAAGCUCUCUAGCUGAUAUUGUGAAAAUGUCACCAUCUCCCGGUCCCGGAUCUGGGCCUAGCCGACAAGAUUCAAAGAAGAUCGGCCGCAAUGGGAGUGCCACAAACGUAAAGAACGGGGAGAACAGCGCCGCUGCCCAAGCUAUUCCUAUGCCCAAACAUAUUCCAUGGCUGGAGACAGGAGAUAGAGCUAACAAAGCCUAUCUUAAGGCCCGUCAGGAGGCCAUCAAGCAUGGUGGUCUCCGAAACAAGUUCUUACAGAGUGCUGCACAGGCAUGGAACCGCAACGAUGCGCGAGCGGCAAAGGCUCUCAGUCUUCGUGGCCAAAGCGAGAACGACCUGAUGCGAAAAGCUCAUCGGGAGGCCGCAAGGGAAUUAUACGAGGAGCGUAACAAGCAUAACACGUCCAAUUCGGAAAUAUUCGUGGAUCUGCACGGCCUACACCCGGACGAGGCUGUCGAAUACCUGGAGAGGGUUCUUCUAGACAACAGCAAAGAAAGCAAACCCGUAUAUGCUAUCACUGGAACGGGCCACCACAGUAAGAAUGGGAAGGACAAGGUGGGCAAGGCGAUCAGAAACUUCUUAAACGAGUGGAGAUAUGCCUAUCGUGAGUUCUCGGUUCCCGGAGAUCGUAAUAACAUGGGAGGCAUUCUCGGGAUCGAUGCCCGAAGCUGGGAUAAGUCCCUUGCUAGGGAUGGAUCGAAGGAGAAGGAGGAGCCUAAGGAGGACGUUGAUAUCCUGAGCCAGGGCGUUGAGAUUGGCGAUGGAAAAGUCAGGCUUCUCGUUCGAGAUCCUCCUAAGGGACCAAGUGGUAGCAGAGGCCGGUGACUAGGAGCAGAUAAUGCGACUAAUAAAGAAAACUGAAAUAUUCUCUUAAAUGGUUAUGACGCCAAUCCUUGCCAAAAUACCUAAUACUAGGUGUACUAUGUCAUGUGAAUUAAGCCUUAGAUAGGGAGCUCUAAAGGGGCUACGCGGGCCGAUGCGGGCCGGUCGAAUGGUCUCGACUUCUCGACUUCUCGGAGUUAACCGAGCAUGAUGUAAUACGAUAUCAAAGGUACAUCGCGCAAAGUUUCAAGGUAUUUUAUGGGUACGUACUUCUAUAGCCAAGUUGCGACGUCUCAGACGUCAAGUUGGAG